GGAAAAGGAAGGAGGAGGGUGUGGGGCGGGCCUCGCGCGAGGCAUUGUGGGAACGCGUGGUGUUCUGGGAGCGCGGCGCCCGCCAUUCGGUUGUCUCGCGCCUUCGCCGUCGCCAGGGUCGCUGCCGCCCCGCGAAAGAGACGGGAGGAGGCCGGAGCGGAGCUCGCUUCCUGCCGAGAUGUCAAUUGGCGUGCCGAUUAAAGUCCUGCAUGAGGCCGAGGGUCACAUUGUGACAUGUGAGACGAACACUGGUGAGGUGUAUCGAGGGAAGCUCAUUGAAGCAGAGGAUAACAUGAACUGUCAGAUGUCCAACAUCACAGUCACGUACAGAGACGGCCGAGUGGCACAGCUGGAGCAGGUGUACAUCCGUGGCAGCAAGAUCCGGUUUCUGAUUUUACCUGACAUGCUGAAAAAUGCACCCAUGUUAAAGAGCAUGAAAAAUAAAAACCAAGGCUCGGGGGCCGGUCGGGGAAAGGCUGCUAUUCUGAAGGCCCAAGUGGCUGCAAGAGGGAGAGGACGCGGAAUGGGACGUGGGAACAUCUUCCAGAAGCGAAGAUAAAUUUGUUGGACACACGUUUGCCCUUAUUUUUUUCUGUUAGGUUAUCUCGGUCAGGGGGGUGUGUGCCUGUGUAUAUGUCCUAGGUUAUCUUUUGACAUCUUUUUCUUUAGAUCAGGGGAAAUGUUAAACUAAAUAAAUACGGUGUUUCUUUCUUUUUGAGAAUUU